CAGCCCUGGCGCCGCCUCAUCCGCUUCAAGACGCCAGACGGGCGCGAGCUGUUCGGAGAGCCAGUUGACGAGGCGCUCGACGUCGGUCUCGCGGUAGCCAAAGGCCUCGCCGUCGUCGCGCACGUUAUUGUCGCCUCGUGUGCGUGGGAUCCCACUGCGGCACGGACCGGGGAGAAGGCUGUAGUUGCGCAGCUUCUGGCCCCCAUCUCGCCUUCCGAGUGUGGCACCAUUCGCGCGACUGGACUCAACUACACGGAUCACGCGCGCGAGCUCAAUAUGCCGAUCCCCAAAGUCCCGGAGCUGUUCUUCAAGCCCGGGGAGUGUCUCGCAGAUCCCGGCGAGACGAUCCCCGUACCGCCAUGUGCACAGAACAACGAGCUCGACUACGAAGUCGAACUUGCGAUCAUCAUUAGCCGCCCGUGUCGAAACGUGAGGGCGGCCGAAGCGACGCAGUAUGUGCUCGGCUGGACAUGUGCGAACGACCUAACUGCGCGUGAGCUGCAAAAACAGGCGUCGCAGUGGGGCUUCUCGAAAGGUUUUGACAAGUUCUGCCCGCUCGGACCUGUGCUCGUGUCGGCUGCGGCGUUGCCGGAUCCGCGGGAAGUGACGCUCCAAACGCGUGUCAACGGACAGCUCGUCCAGUCGGGGAGCGCUGCCAACAUGAUCUGGCACGUUUCUGAAAUCGUAGCCUACCUAUCGCAGGGUACGACGUUGCCGGCGGGCACAGUGAUUAUCACGGGAACGCCGCCAGGGAUUGGGGCGAGCCGUGGGUCAUGGCUGCGGGAUGGCGACGAGGUGCGGUGCACGAUCUCGCACGGAAUCGGUGAGUCACGGGAUAAGAUGGAGCCGAGCACUUGA